GAGCAUCGUUUGCUGCUGCGGAUCGUCUCCUGCAGCCGUCGGCAGCCGUCGGAGGUGUGACCGAUCGCCUCACCUUUAUCCCAAGCCCACACGUUGUACCCAUGCGACAAUCCCACGACGACGACGCGGCGGUCCUGCGAUACGGCACGUCCAUGUCCCGGACGCUCUCCGCGCGGCGCCUGCAUGACGGGAGCAGUGGCAGUGAAAGCAGCCUCCAAGCUGCCUCGUCCUUCUCCGACCUGCCGCUGCUUGCGCUGCCUGGGCUGGCGUCACGCGUCUCCAUCGCCGGCACGAGCGCAUCUCAGAACGACCUGCGUGCCUUCUUCGACACGGCCAUCGCAGCCGACGGCCACAUUGAGGUCGACGCGAUGACUGUCGAGGGCGGGCUGACGCCAUCGCUGGUGCUCUCCUCCACGGGCGCGCUCGCGAGCUCGCUCAUGUUCGGCCUCAACAACGCCAAUAUGAACACGCCCGCGGCCGCCAUGCGGGCCUCGCUUGGCCUCCCUUCCUCGCUGCCGGCUGGCUGCGCCGCGGGCGAGGCUGUGCAUGCGCAGCUGCUCGAGAACGACGUGACGUGGUCGCUAAUCGUGUCGAUCCUCUGCCUCGGUGCCCUCGUCGGCUCGGCCUCGGCAGCCUACCUCGCCGACGGCUGGGGGCGGCGUGCCUUCCUCCUCCACAACAGCGGCCUGUACGCCGUCGCCGCACUCGUCGGCGCAGCCGCCUCCGCCUUCCCGGCAGACGCCUUCCCGGCAGGCGCCUCCCCGGCAGGUGGGCGGGAGGAGGACCCGUGCUCGACUAGCCGGAGCACGGCGGCGAUCCUGCUCCUCCUCCUCUCUCGCGUCCUCUCCGGCGUCGCGUGCGGCGGCAGCACCGUCGUCGUGCCGAUGUACCUUGGCGAGAUCUCGCCGACCCCCGCCAGGCGGUGGCGGUUGGUGCUCCUCGCCGUCCUCCCUCCCGCCGCACUGCAGCUCCUCCUCCUCCGCCACUCCCUGCUCGAGUCGCCUCGCUGGCUCCUCCUGCGCGGGCGCGACGAGGCCGCGCGAACCACCCUCGCAAGGCUGCGCGGCUGCCGCGGCGGCGAGGCAGGCCCGGAGGCAGGCGACCGGCAAGCUGGCCAGGCGGCUCGAGGCGCUCGCUGGCUCAUCGACCCCGGAGUACUGCUGUGCACCAGCACCCAGUACUCAUUAGGCGGCGGCUCUAGCGCUCGCUUGCUCAUUGACCCGAGCGCGCGGCGGCCGCUGGUGCUCUGCGUCGGCCUGAUGGCGGUCAACGUGUUCGUCGUCCUCCUCUCGACGGCCCUCAUGGACCGACUGGGCCGCAAGCCCCUCCUCGCAGCAUCGCUGGGCGGGAUGGCGGCCGCGAGCCUCCUCCUCACCGCCGCGCUGCUGCUCGGCUCGGCGCCGCUCGUCGUCGUCGCGAUGGUGCCGCUCGUCGUCGUCGCGAUGGUCCUCUUCGUGCUCACUUUCGGCGUUGGGCUCGGGCCCGUCGUCUGGCUGCUGCCCGCCGAGCUCUUCCCGACGCAGCUCCGCGCCUCGGCGAUCGCCACCACCACCGUCGUCAACUGGCUGGCAAACUACGUCGUCGGGCAGCUCUUCCUCCCGCUCGCGAGCUGGCUCGGCCCACUCUCCUUCCUCCCCUUCGCGGCCGUGCUCGCCGCGGGGCUGCUCCUCGCCUUCUCCCUCCCCGAGACGCGCGGCCGCACACUGGAGGAGAUCGAGGCCUACUUCGCCCCCCGCCUCAAGCGCGGCCACUCCAUCACCGCGCCGCUGAUGCCCGCCGCGGCCUGGCGCGGCGCUUGACCCUUGCGCGGCACGACCACGCGCGCCGUGUGUGCCCGGCUUUUAUUGACUCGCCCCCGCGCUGUCUGCCGCGAGAGGCGUCACGCAUUGUACUACUGUCGCACACCGUACUCACGUGUACGUGGGAACGUGGGAACGUGGCUUUUCGCUCGGGAAUCUACAAUCUUGC